AAUAGAUUCUGUAAUACCUUCUCUGAGAUGGAGGAAAGUGUGGCAAAAGAACAGCUGUGGGGCACUCCACCCUUCUGAUUCCUUGUUUUUCCUCUGUAACUCAGUGGAUGGUCAUGGGGACAGCCGAGAACAGCCACACUGCACUGAAACUUCCACUCCUUGACAAACCCAAGACACAGAAAAACUACGCCCAACCUGAGGUUCUGCGUCACACCUUUGAGACUCUGUCUAACCUUCACAAACUGCUGCCAAAUUGUAUGAUGGAGACACUCUACUCCUACAAGAGAGAAGAGGACAAACAAAAUUCUCAGAAUUCUGAAUUCUCUGGCUUAGAAAGGAUCUUAGCAAGACAUCAGUUUCCAAAAGAGAUUAAUCUGACUCCAAAUCCAAGUAGCAUGCCCCUGUGGAGAAGAAAAUCCAUCAACAAUGCAAAUCGUGGGUGGAAUAAGUGUCAAUUGUGGAAUAAAAGCCUUGAGGAGCCUCUGAUGUCAACCAUAGUUGUCAGAUGGUUUAAAAAGAAUAUGCAACCCGCUGAAGACCUCCACUCGGUAAUCCAGAAGCUGUCCGUGUUUGGGCCAAUUAAGUCAGUCACCUUCUGUGGACGGCAAAGUGCUACCGUGGUGUUCCGAGACACGACUUCAGCGUGUAAUGCUGUGAAUGCUUUUCAAAGCAGGACCCCAGGCACAACGUUUCAAUGUUCCUGGCAACAGCGCUUCAUGUCAAAAGAUAAAACUUUUUCAAGAAGUUAUACUGCAAAGUCACAGCCUAAAGACUAUAAGCAGGAAAUUGAAAGAAAACACCAAUCGUAGCUAAAGGGACACAAACAGAUUUUUCAAAACUUUAUGUUCUUCUAUGAUGUACACCACUACUGUAGUAAGAACAAAGUGAAAUCAAGACAAUUCAAUAGUGAACACCAGGCUGUACUGUUUUGGCAAAUAACUUCAUGAGCUUCAGUUGACUUAUCUGCAAAGAAGGCAGUGAGGGUAGAUAGUGCUUGAAAGUGCCUUCUUAUUCAAAAAUUCUAUUCUAAACUCCAGAAUUAGUUUACUUGGGAAAAAAGUAUUAAAUGAUCCACUUGUGUAACAUGCAAAAAUGCCACUCCUACUUUAGAUUAAUUGGAAAAUCAAAAGUUGACUGUUACGUAAUUUGACUAAAGAACCAAAAGAGUGGAGACAAAUGUUCACGACAAUCCUGGUGUUUAGGAAAACCUAAGUGAAUAAUGAAAGACAAAUAACACAAGUUGAAUUAAACUAGGGUAGUUAUUUAAGUAAAAUUUAAAUUUAGUCCAUUCUACCAUAAACCAUGUACUACUAACAACAAUAAAGGAGAGUUCAGAGGA